AUGACUUCGCAUCCUUACUUCCCUCUCGGCUUGGAGAUCCAAGACUAUAGAUCAAAUGAGAGCGGUUUGUUCUAUAUAGUGGGAUUAUUUUCCACAGGUCUGGCAGUUUCACUAUGUGUGAUUCUAGGAUUGGCGAUAAUGAAACGCACUUCAAUGACCUCUGCGGAUAAACUCACCAUACUAUGGUUCGCACUUUCCGGCAUUCUUCACUGUUUCUUCGAAGGCUACUUUGUCACCCAUCACGAUCGGAUGGGCCCUGCGCAAGAUAUUUUUGGACAGCUCUGGAAAGAGUAUGCCAAAUCCGACUCUCGAUAUUUAGUGUCGGACUCCUUUGUUGUUAGUAUCGAGACAAUCACAGUGGUACUUUGGGGGCCCUUAUGCCUCCUUGUGGCAUAUUUGACAACCAUUAAGCAUUCGCUCAACCAUCCUUUGCGAAUCAUUAUAUGCAUGGCUCAUCUGUAUGGAGACACCCUGUAUUAUGCCACAAGCCUUUUUGACUACUAUGUCAACGGGAUAUCGCAUAGUCGGCCCGAGGUACUCUAUUACUGGGUGUACUACUUCUUGAUGAAUUUCGUCUGGAUCGUCGUUCCUGCUUAUAUUCUUUACAACAGUGUCUGUCUUGUUUCUCAGGCCCUAAACCAAUUCGAGAGCGAGACUAGGUCGAAAAAAAAGCGAUAA